AUGAAUGGCAUGUUUGUCGUUUGGCUACUGUCAUGCAGCAUUUGUUUAAAAUUGGGUGUAAUCAGAGCACACAGAAUAACGAUUGAGGAAACCGUAACCCGCCAUGGCUACCCGGUCGAAAGUCACAAGGUAGUUACCAGCGAUGGCUACAUUCUAACCGUUCUCCGAAUGCCAAACCCUGGACGACGACCGGCUCUAAUAGUUCAUGGUUUGCUGUACUCAUCUGCCGAAUGGUGCAUCUACGGAAAACAAUCGCUAGCGAUGCGGAUAUUCGACGCCCGUUUCGAUGUCUGGCUGCCAAACUGCCGAGGGAAUACCUUCUCCCGGAAACACACGAAACUCAACGUUGCAAGUGAAAAAUUUUGGGAUUUCAGUUGGCACGAGAUCGGUGUGUUUGAUCUCCCGGCACUAAUCAACUACGUACUGAGAGUGUCUGGCUUUACCAAGUUGCACUACAUCGGCCAUUCUCAAGGGACAACGUCAUUUUUUGUCCUAAACUCUAUAAUGCCUCAGUAUGGCGAUAAGAUCGAGACCGCUCAUCUACUUGCGCCCACCUGUUUUAUGAAUCACACCUAUUCGCCUCCGAGCCGAGCAUUUAUCCCGAGGAUGAAGGAAAUACGACUAAUAUCGCAGAUGACGGGCAACUGGGUACUUUUAGCCCAUGAUGAUGACUCCUCUUUUCUCGGAGCCACCAGAGCGGCUCUGACGGACGCAAUGCCACCGGAAGUGUUCCUAAUUAUCAUGUACUCCUCCAGUGGGAUGCGCUCGUUGCAACUCAACCAAUCGGUAAUAAGAAGAAUCAUGGAAACCGUUCCGGCCGGAUCAUCGCUGAAGCAGUUCGAACACUAUGGUCAAAUUAUUCAGAGCGGAAAAUUCCGACAGUACGACUACGGGCCUGCUGGAAACCUCGAGCGAUAUAAUACCACGAGCUCUCCCGAGUACAAGCUGGAAAAUAUCAGGGCUCCCAUUGCUUUGUACUACAGCGAUAACGACUGGUUCGUCGAUCCGAAGGAUGUUGAGUUGUUGAAGACAAAGCUGAAAAAUAUCUUGCUUGAUUAUCACGUAACAGUACCGGAGUUCAAUCACUUGGAUUUCUUGUUCGACAAUGCAGCUAUCAAGGUAUACAAUGAGAUCAUUCGUAUUAUGACGAUGAGCGAGACAUAA